GUGCAUUGUUAUCUCUCUCUCUCUACCCAUCUAUUCACAGAUAAUAUCGCUAUAUUAAUGUCUUAUUCUUUCACAAACAUUUAAGCGUGUAAUUUCCAGUCUGAGUUAAAUUUUCAAUCAGUUCUUGGGAAAACAAAAUAAGUAGAGCAGGCAGUGUUUAGUAAGCAUAGCGCUGUUUCCCAAAGAAAAAAGAAAGACUUUCACGUUCACCGACGAUAAUGGAUAUGGAUUCUUCUUCUGAGAACUGGCUUGGCUUCUCACUUUCCAAUAUCAACAGCAACAACAACAACAAUAGCAGCAUUAACUUGCCUUCUAAUAAUGCUUCAGAACUUUGCCUCUGCCAAUCUUUCAACUCCAACCCUAAUAGUGGAGUGGAAGAAAAUGGAAAAGGUGCUGAUGCUCCGCCAAAGCUUGAGGAUUUCUUGGGAGGAUCUUCUAGCAUUACUGCUGCAGCUAAUGAAGUGUGUUGGGAAAAUCCAGCAACUACUACUACUACCACUAUAUGCGAAUAUGGCUCUGAGUUGAAGACCAUAGCAGCUAGUUUUCUAUGUAGCUUUUCUGCUGAUCAAAAUAAUUCGCAGAAUAAGCAGUUGGCUGUGGUGGCGCUGCCGCCGGCUAAGAAGACGGUCGAGACCUUUGGACAACGCACCUCUAUUUACAGAGGUGUUACUAGACAUAGAUGGACAGGAAGAUAUGAAGCUCAUUUGUGGGAUAAUAGUUGCAGAAGAGAAGGACAAAGUAGAAAAGGAAGGCAAGUUUACUUAGGUGGUUAUGAUAAAGAAGAGAAAGCAGCUAGAGCUUAUGAUCUUGCUGCACUCAAGUAUUGGGGUCCGACCACCACCACUAACUUUCCGGUAUUGAACUAUGAGAAGGAGCUAGAAGAAAUGAAGAGCAUGACAAGGCAGGAGUUUGUUGCUUCUCUUAGAAGGAAAAGUAGUGGCUUUUCAAGGGGAGCCUCCAUCUACAGAGGCGUCACAAGGCACCACCAACAUGGUAGAUGGCAAGCAAGAAUCGGAAGAGUGGCAGGAAACAAAGAUCUCUAUCUUGGAACCUUUAGCACCCAAGAGGAAGCAGCAGAGGCCUAUGACAUUGCUGCAAUCAAAUUCAGAGGACUCAAUGCGGUGACGAAUUUUGACAUUAGCCGUUACGACGUUAAAAGUAUCGCCAGUAGCAAUCUCCCUGUUGGAGGGAUGAACAGUAAAUCAAAAACCUCAUCAGAAUCUGCUUCUGAAAGUAGUAAAAAUGUUGAAGCAAACCGAUCAGACGAUCGAGAUCGAGAUAGAGAUAUUUCCUCUGCUACCUCUGCUCCAUUUUCCUCUCAAGCUCCAAAUAUGGUCAACCUUGGUUUCGGACUGCCUAUCAAGCAAGACUCUUCCGAUUUCUGGUCAAUCCUGGGAUACACUAAUGAUCAAAACAACGGUAGUAAAAACCCUAGUGCAAAUGCAACGUUCUUUCAUGGUCCGCCUGAUGGUACGACUAUUCAAGCACAAGGUGCAACACUUUUCAGCAUGGAUCUCCCUGCUACUACAACCUCUCUGAAUGAAGUCAACAAUAAUCAAGUCAUAUUCAAUGAAGAAGAGUACUAUCAGCAGCAACAAAGUGGUAGUUGUAGCACAAUAACUUCAGUUCCUAGUGACAUAAGCAUGGCCUUAAACAGCAAUGCCACUGCUACUACUACUACUCUUGAUGGCUCCAAUUUUGGUAAUUGGAUGCCGCCACCACUUCAUUCAUUCCAGGCUACUGCAAAGAACAACCUAGCACCAUUUCAGACCCCAAUUUUUGGCAUGGAAUAAUGGAAAAUAAGUGGAGGGAAAAUGAAAAGACAAGAGAAGAAUUGAAGUGGUGUACUUUUCCCUCUCUGUUUUGAAUGGUUUUUUGUCACUUACCCAAGAAGUGGGUUGGUCAAAAAAGGUGGUAUUGGUGAAAUUUACUUUUUUGCAUGGGUAAGAAAAGUGGGACGUACAAUCAUUUCACAGCAACUAAAGCAGAGAUGGCAGGGUGCUAACUGAAUCUUUUUGAUUAGUUGUUUCUUUAGUCCUUUACCUUUUUUUACUUUUUGCUUGUUUCACUGACAUGAGUUAUCUAUAACUAGAUAAUCCCUUAUUGUACAUUCCCGUCAGCAACAAUUUCAUUUCAAUCAAAUUUCUUACCCCUCA